UCAGUGACCAUCGUGUGUGUCUCGUCGUAGCAAUGCCGGAGACCGUGGUACACAUACCUCCCUCGGAGUCCAAGCCAGAGUCCACAACGGACUCACUGUUCUCCUGGAUAACCAUCAACUAUGGAUACUUCCGGACUGUGCCCGGCAUGCUGAAGAUAGCAGAGGCUCUGAUCGGAGUCAUAUGUCUCGCCCUGGCUACACCCGCAGUUCUCACCGGCACCUCGUGGUUCCUCUUCGUCGUGGUGCUCAGUUUCGUCGCCACCCUUGUCUGGAUCGCCAUCUACCUGAUUGGAGUGCGGGAGGCGCUUAACCUACCGAUCAACUGGAUAUUAACGGAGCUGCUCAACACUAGUAUGGUGACUGUGUUGUACCUGAUCGCCGUCAUUGUCCAACUGUCUGCCUGGUCCACGCCCUACGUCUCGUGGUACAGGGGCUCAAACAUCGCAGCUGGGGUGUUCGGACUAGUCAACACGGUGGUGUACGCGGCUGGCUGCUACCUCCUCUACACCGACUGGAAAGCGACUAGACCUCACCAUUGAGACAAUUUGUAUCAACAGUCGCUUUGUUUGUCCAACGUUUAUCAAAUAUUGUAUGCAACUUUAUGUCCGAUCCUUUCUUUUUGAUAUAUAAAUGUAAAGGGAAAUACAUUAUGUACCUUCCGUCCAACUAUGUAGAUUUAGUCUACGAGUAGAGAAUCUGUUCGUUCAAACCUAGUACACUAAAAAAGACAAUUUAAAAUGUUUAUAGUGAUUUUGAUUGAAGGUCGAAAUUAAUCUGGUUUAGUUACACGAUUGUUAAAUAAGAUUGGACUCCGUGAGGACACCUUACCUCAAAAAUAAAAAAAUAACAGUACAAUAAGUUGUAGAUUUAUUUUUAUACAUUUUGAUUUAUGUGUGAUUCAAAUCAUUAUGUGUCUAGUUUAGACUUCGAACAAUAAAUACGGGUUGUAUAUUGUACCAACUGAGUUCAAACAGUUUUUAAAUCAUCUUUUAAGUACCAAAACCCUAGAGCAGGUAGAAAAUACUCUAAACUCGAAAGACACGUUGUUAAAAAGAUACAGAAAGUUAUUACUAAUUUUUGAUUAAAUGUAAAAUGAUAAAGAUUUAUUCUCAUUGCUAACAUAAACCAUAGACUAGAUUUAUCUAUGCAUAAACGUUCAAAAUCCUUUAUUUGUUUAACAUCAUACAAAGAAUGGUUGUUCUACUUUUUAAAUACAAUAAUUGAACGCAAAUAUUUCCUAUGAAAUUUAGCCACUUUGUAACAAUAUCUGACAAAAUCAGAUUAGAACAUCAAAGGAACAUCCUCAAACAGUAAUGAGCCUUUUAAAAUAACAUUUGCCGUUUCCACCAGCGGGAAUCGGAAAAGACAAUCCUAAGCAAUCCGCUUAUAGCGGUUGGAUUAGGUCCACGGUUUGUAUUCUUGUACUAAUGAAGCUAACAAAGUUUGUAUAUUGUUUCACCGUUGAAAUGACUCCAAAGUAUUAACGUAUAAUAUGUACUGUUUUAACAUAUCUUAGAAUAAAUGUUUAGUUAAGAGUUUGUUAUUAAUAUAACUGUAAAUAUAUAUUUAUUUAUUUUCAA